AUUAAUGAGGGUAGUAAUUUUGGAAUUCAAUUGGUAAGGAUGGGUGAGGAUCAUCUUGUUAAAGAAAUGGAUCAUGAGUUGAGUUAUAGAGGAAAGCACUCUCUGUUUCGGAGAACAAACCAGAGGUUGACCGAAGAAAGGGAGAGCAGGUCGGCGACGAUUGCGACGAUUGACCUUGAAUUUCAAUGGAAGGGUCGAAUCGAUCAGGAAGAGGAGGAAGGUGGAUCCGAACUAGAAUGGUGGCUCGGGGACGCAAGAAGAAGCCCGGAAGCUCGACGGCGGCUGUAGCGGAAGGCGGCGUGAACGUCGUCAUCAAUCGGACGGGAGUUGACGCGAUGGCAAGGCCGCGAGCUAACCCGCCCAAACAGAAUGGGGUUUGGGCAACUCGGAGGUGGCCUCCCAAUUGUGGGCCGAGGAGGGGUGUGGAAGACGGCGGCGGCGGCGGGAAGCUCCAGGCGGCGGCAGAUGGCGAACCAUUGCUCGAGGAAGAAGAAGAGGAGCCGGAGGAGUGUGAUUGUUGUGGGUUCAGGGAUGGCGAGAAGGACGAUGCCAACGGUGGCCAGAGCCGCACCGUCGACGGCGGCGAAGGUGUGCAGGUGAGAGUUCUCCUGUUUUAUUGGAAUUCCAUGACAUUGAGUUGGAAAUUUGAUGAAUAGUCAAGGGCAUUUAUGUCUUUUUGGAAUUGGGGAAAUUUGGUAAAUUUAAUAAGUUUGGGUGCCGUAAAGUAAUUGACCAGGCUUGGGGGUGAGUUCGGAAUUGGUAAAUAUUUGGGUACCGGAUUGAAAUAAGCCGUUUGGACUGGAAUGUUUAAAUCAGAAAGUGGAAAUUGGCCUGGAGGACUGAAUUGUACAAUUCUGGAAGUUGGGGUCAAAUUGGUAAAGGUCAGGAAUUCGGGGUACCAAUUUUUAAUUCGCCAUUUUGGGGCAAAAAGGUAAUUUUCCAGAAUUUUGUGGGGAAUCCUAGGAAAGAUUAAAUGGAGGAAUUUGGGAUUGGAAUCAACCAAAUUUGAGGUCGUUUGAUUAGUUACGUUCGUAGAAAGGAGUAUUAAGUUUUGCCUAAAUACUUAAUAGGAGAAUUUGCAAAAGGAGAUGAUUGAGCAUGGAAUCUCGGACGAUGACAUGGAUCAACCGGCAAUAAAGAGGUGUCGUAUUG